GCGGCGCGUCGCGCGCAACGGUUUCGAGUGACUCGAAACACUUGGCGGAGGGUUUAGAGUUGCGGGGAUGAUCGCCGCGGUCGCUGGUUGACUUUGAUUUGUUCCGGCGUGACUGAUACAAGUGGCGAAUUGUUAACGCGAAAAAUUUUGUCGCGAUGUCGUUUAGUUCUAAUGGUGCAGAAACUAGAAAGUGAAAAUUUAACGCUGGAAAUAUCAUUAUAUUUUGUAUUGCACAAAUCGUAGUAACAUUCAGUAUAUUGAUUAAUUAAUUUCUUAUCGGAAUUACUGUGUUAAUAUUAUGUUAAUAUUAUAUCAUGUAAUUGAUGUAAUGUACCAAGCAAUUAUAAUAUUUUUAUUAGUGUUAAUUUUUUUAAUAUUAUAUAAUUAUUUAAUUAAUUGUAUAAAAAACCUGGUUAAAAAUUAGUGCCAUAUAACUCACGCAGCACUGACUGUGUCAACCAGUUAAGCUGUUGCGAGUUCCUUGAAAAGUAUGCGCCUAAAACGUGUCGCAAAAAACGUAAACGAUCUAGCGACGACUAACGAAGUAUAACGCGAACAAAGAUGUGAACAUUCCUUGCAACACGAAAGACGAUUGCAUCGGUUUCUCGCCCGCGUUAAAAAAUGCUACAUGCACCAAUGGAUUCUGCCUGUGCACCGUCGCCGGCGUAACAAGGAACUGCUCCAAUAUGGAUAUACAACGGCCGACGAACAGAAACGCGGGCCUGCCAUUGCACCCUUGCAAGGGCAACCAGGAUUGCAUGUUCCAGAAUUCGAUUUGCAACACGCAGACCAGCCGGUGCGAGUGCCAAAAGGACUACGUUUGGUCGGACAAUAGAAAGUUCUGCCUGAGAAAGGCCGAGGCGAUAGACUUCGCCUGCGAAGAGGACAAGCAGUGCACCGCAUUCUUGGCGAACACAACGUGCCGCGACGGAAAAUGCGGCUGCAUCGACGGCUACCAUUACAAGGGGAACCUGUGCCACAAGACAAUCGCGCUCAAUAAUACGUGCACGCGACUCGAGGAAUGCGGCAUGGUCGCCGGCGCGAUCUGCACCGAUAGGAGACUCUGCGAGUGCAUGGCGGGAACGGUGAUCAAUGCCGCCGGAAACAUGUGCCUGACCGUGGCCAAAGAGUUUUUGUACAGCUGCGUCGAGGACCAACAGUGCUCCGUCACGUUCGAGAACACCGUCUGCGUCGACGAGGCCUGUCGGUGCCUGGAUCAGUAUCAUUUCGAUCAGGGGAUGAACCGAUGCUUCGUCGACAGAGGCCUGGACGAGAACUGCGCCACCACGCAGGAGUGUUAUCACGCGAGCAAAGCGAACGGGACGCAGUCGGUGGGUCUGCUGUGCCUGAAGAACGUGUGCGUCUGCGCGGAAGAUUAUUAUCGGGAUGGUGAUGCGUGCAUCGCUAACGAAGGUGCGCGCUGGCCGGGACCUUCGGCUUUGGUGCUCGCGGCGCUGGUUCUGCCGGGGCUCCUGCGAGGAAUCUAGGUCUCGCGACACCGACUUAUCGGCGCCGUGUUAUCGGCGACUUUGCCGAGCCGUUUCCGUCGCGUGGGAUCGUCGAGCGCGGUCCACGGGCCCUCCCGCGGCCCCCCACUCCGCGCGGUCCCCGGGCCAUCCGCCGCCUCCCCACUCCGCGCGGCCCUCGCCGAGGGCCUCUCGGCACGCGAUUUCGACCCGUGACGCGACGCGGGAUUCAGCGCGGAAAGAAGAACGGGCGUCGGAUGUCGCGGCGCUGUGCGUCGACCGCGACCAGAGAACGCGCCGGGCGCAUCGAACCGUCUCGGCGACUUCCUCCGAAGGGAAGACCGAGCGUAUCGUGUGCUCGUUUCCCUGCUGGGAAAAAUUUGAAGCAGCAAAUUAGUACACGGGUGUUGGGACGGACGUUCGCGGCGAUUCGAUUCGACCGAGAUCUUGAAAAUUUCACGAGAUUCGAGGGUCGCGGUGACGCUCCCCACCGGACUGCGGUCAUUUUUGACCCAGUGCAGCUUUGCUGUCUCGAUUUGUGGGAAUCUGUUCACUCGUCUACCAUAUUUAAAUUCGAAAUACGAAAUAUGUACAGAACGAAAUUUAAAUUCGAAAUUUAGAAUAUGUUUACUGAUCUACAAUAUUUAAUUUCGAAGUCCAACAUGAUGUCCUCUGAUUUACAGUAUUUAAUUUCGAAGUCCAAAAUUAUGUUUACUGGUUUACAGCACUUAAAUUCGAAAUCCAAAAUAUUCUUAAUGAUCUACAAUAUUUCAAUUCGAGAUCUAAAAUAUGUUCUCCGAUCUACAACAUUCAAUACGAUUUAUUGCAAUGUAUGCAUAUGAAACUGAGCCUGUUAGCGAGUUCAAUGUUUGCUGCUUUAACAAUUGCUUAAAUAUAAACAAAUCUGCGGCCGUUAAAAUUAUUUUAAAAAAUAGUAUAUCAAUUUCUAGUGGCAUCUCAGAGCCGCCACUUAAGUGCAAAUGGUUGAAUUCCAAGUAAAUAGAACCCAAACAGCACGUUUAUUCGAUCAACAAUCGCCUUGGUAGAUCAAAAAUAAUAUUUUGACAUUUUGAAUAUCGUCUGAUAUUUGAAUACACUGACAUUCUGAAGCACCCUUGGUCUUCCUGCUAUCUCAAAUCGCAACUGAAAAAAUUCUUCCAUAAACGCGUCAAAUCCGCGGACUACUUAUUAACGAUUGUAUCAGCAAACAUGAGCGUACCGAUGUAAGCACACGUGGGUGCCUUUUACACGAUCGUUCUGCCCACACUCGUGGCACACGUGCGCUUUAUUAAAGACAAGUGCCGGGUCGUUGAAUACGCCGAGUGUUUGCUGUUCUAAUGUAUCUCUGCGCCUCCGCUCUGCAAAAGUUAGUUAAAACAGCAAUUCUUUUCAACUCGUCGACGCGUGCAAGGGAACGAGAGUUAAUUUGCGGAGCGUGUUCCGCGAGGCUGGCGCGCCUUCGCCGCGCGAUUCCCAUCGCGGAUGAUCGCGUCUUCUGUCCCAUUCGCGCCCGAAAGUCAGCUCGUCAUCCGCAGUUCGUUCGCAGAAAAGUCAAAUUUCAUUUCGAUUCAAAGAGCGGAUAUUCCAGCGCGUUAAAGCGCGUUUCCAUUUCAUUUUCCUCGGGAUUUUAUUUUUCUGAGAGCCUGUAACACCUUUUGCAGUCAUGUGUACAAGCUUUGUUUAUUUAUGUUGCAUUCCGUCUGUUUUUAAAUGUUAUUACGUUGAAACAAAUUUUCGGUUCGAGUUAACAUUGAUGGCGAAAGAUUCUUCAUUGGUAUUAGUUUAGUUAUAACGGAUUCGUGAACAAAAAUAAAACGUCGACAGUUGAGAAAAUUAUAAUUAUAUAUUAUAAUUAUAUAUAUAUAUCCUUCGAGAAAACGUACCCCGUUGAAAGAAGCGAAGAGCAUAGCGCCAUAGUUCCAUAAUUAUGUUAACACUUGGAAAGAGAUGAUUCCUG